AUGGAAGCUAUUAAUUUGGAAAAUAAGAUUAUGUUGUUGGAAGAUAAGGAGCCUAUUUGUGUUAAUUUCUUUGGGAUGUUACAACUUGGUAUCAGAGCUAUCGGGUUUGAAUACUUGAGGCUCCCAGAUGAGUUUCAUGGUGGCCCAAAGGCCAAGAAAGCAGACGAGUGGCUGGAGCAAUCAGUGAAGACAUUUAAGAUGCUUCACAUUGAUGAUAGUGAAAUAAGGGUGACUCUAGCAAAGAAAUACCUACCUCCCAUAACUAGGGAGAGACUGAGUGGAGAAUUUCAAAACCUCAAGCAACUAAACCUAUUUGUGGCCAAGUUUGAAGCAGCCUUCACUAGUUUGUCUCGGUUUGCACCAGAGUUGGUGGCAAAGGAGGAACGUCGUUGCAUAGAAUUCGAGAAGAGAUUGAGGACCAAAAUCUUAUUCAAGGUUGUCGGAAACAUGAUCUGGAACUAUGACCGUCUUGUGGAAGCGGCAGCACAUAUAGAGAUUACAAUGCAGGCCAAGAAGAAGAGACUUUGGGGUUCGAGGUCUAGGGGUCAAAAGUCUCAAGGGUACUUUAGACCUAGCAAGAAGCAUAGGGGCUUUGCUUCAUCCCAGCCCCAAUCAUAG